AUGGCUUACAACGAUGACUCUGUGUUGGCGCGACUCUCGUCACUGAACGAAAGCCAUGAUAGCAUCGCGACAGCUGCACAAUGGAUCAUGUUCCAUAGGCGCCAUGCUGAGAGGACUGUACAGCUGUGGAUGCAGCGCCUCAAAGACUCUUCCAGCACAAAACGAUUAAGUUUGAUUUAUCUCGCCAACGAGGUGGCCCAGCAGUCUAAAAUCCGACACAAGGAUGACUUUAUUAUCGCCUUCGCGCCGGUGAUUGCUGAGGCUGUUUCCGUCGCUUAUAAGGGAGCACCCGCAGAGCUGCAGGCGAAAUUGAAACGCGUUAUAGACGUUUGGAGAGAUCGCUCGAUCUUUGAAGCGCCAAUUCAAUCCGCAAUCGACGCCCGGAUUGGAGAUCUCGACAAGUCCCGGGGUAUGUCCAAGCCCGGGUUUGGCGGCUCUCCAUUCGGUAGUACUAGCACUGCCACUUCUAUUCCAUCUGAAUUUGCACCUCUGGUCACUGCUCACCAGAAAGUAAACAAAUUGAGCACUCCUCUCAAGGCCACGAUCACAUCAGCAGACCAAGAGUAUGAGAAGCAAACUGACCCAUCUACACCUGUUCCCUCUGCUCCAGUUUAUGCAGCUCGGUUGAAUGGCCUCCUCAAAACGUUGGCCAACGCUGAGAGUGCGGUUGCUGAGUGUGUAAAAGCAAGAGAAGGCCUUGUUUCCGGUCUGGAAUCACUCCUCAAUGCUAACCGUGCUGCAUUGGAGGACGAGAGGUCCGCUGCGGCUCAGCUGACAUCCCGAAAGGCUGAAAUCGAAGACAAGAAGCACCAAGUUGAGGUUGGCAUCAUGAGAGCACUGGGCCCGGCGGACAGCAAUGGUUCUCCAGGACAAGGAGACUCUUCAGUUACGCCCCCAGAGCCAGAUAGACCAGAGAUUGAGGCAUUGACUCCACCGGCAUUUGAACCAUUCGAAGCACCCACCCCUGAGGCAUUGACACCAGAGGGAGAGCCUGUUGCAGCUCCUUCUAUAUCUCCUGACCCUGUUCCUGCUGCUGCUACUACUACUUCUCAAGACAAAGAAGAAGAAGAAGUACCCUCGUAUCAGUCAUUGCCAAUCUCAACCAAUGGGUCGAAUAAGCGCCGCCGUGUCGACACUGAAGAAUUUCCUGAUCUAGGUGGAGAUGAUGGUAUCGAUGCUGACGUUGCUGAAAUGCUGAAGGAACAGCCUCAAUCGUAA